CUCUCUCAUUUCUCUCGCCAAUUAGGGUUUCUUCUAGCUCUCUCGAUUUCAUUACCAUUGUUGAUCCGCUGAGCUAGGAGUGUUCGGUCCCGAUAAUUGUGUUGCUAAGCUCUGAUCUUUGUUCUUCGAAUCGAAUUAGGUUUGUUUGUUUGGUCUGAUUGGUAAACAACAUAGGAACGCGAUGCCACCGAGGGUUGUGAAGAGGGGAGGCGCCGCGAGAAGAGGCGGGAGGCUUACCAGAUCGGCGCUCAAGGCGCAGAAUCCUCCGGUGGAAUCUCCCCAUGAAGAAUCUGUUAAUAUGGAAGAGCUCUCUGGCUCCGAUGUUGUAGAAGCUAAGGAGGAGACACCGGAGGUGGAUAAAUCUGUUGAGGAAGAGAAUCCAUUAGAUGUGCCAAAGCCAUCGGAUUCGUUCGAUGAUCCUGAAGCUAUUGCGAAUCCGGAUGGCGUUGUUCUGUCGAAAAAGGAGACUGAGGUAAAGGAAUCUGUGGAUGAUUUCGGAAAAGAUGAAAGAUUGGAUUUAGAUGACAAUGAACCAGAGUAUGAGCCUGAAGAAUAUGGUGGGGAGGAUUUUGAAGAGAGAGAACUGGAACAGGAGGAUCAUGAGUUAGUAAAUGAAGAAGACGAAGAACUGGAGGAGGAGAUGGAGGUUGAGGACGAAGUAGGUGAGUUUGCAGACGAGAUUGGAGAUGGUCCGGAGGAGCUUGAGAGUGAAGGUGAUGAUGAGCAUGCUGGUGAAGAAAUUAAGCAUGGAAAAACUGUCGAUGUGGAAGAAGAAGAGCAUCAUGUUGUUUUCCAAGAGAGACGUAAGCGUAAGGAGUUUGAAAUAUUUGUUGGAAGCUUGGACAAAGGUGCUACGGAGGAGGACUUAAAGAAGGUCUUCAGUCACGUGGGCGAAGUGACUGAAAUUAGGAUUAUGAAGAAUCCUCAGACAAAGAAGAGCAAGGGUUAUGCUUUCCUGCGUUUUGCAACUGUGGAACAGGCAAAACGAGCCGUUAAAGAGCUUAAAAACCCAAUGAUCAAUGGUAAAAAGUGUGGUGUAACUGCCAGCCAAGAUAAAGAUACCCUCUUCAUUGGUAACAUAUGCAAGACAUGGACCCCAGAAGCUUUGAGGGAGAAGCUGAAACACUAUGGCGUUGAGAAUAUGAAUGAUAUUUCUUUGGUAGAGGACAACAACAAUGUCAACAUGAAUCGAGGGUAUGCUUUUUUGGAAUUCUCAUCUCGCUCAGAUGCCAUGGAUGCUCACAAACGCCUCCUCAAGAACGAUGUGAUGUUUGGAGUUGAGAAGCCUGCAAAAGUUUCUUUUUCAGAUUCCUUCUUAGAUCCGGAAGAUGAGAUUAUGGCGCAGGUUAAGACUAUCUACAUUGAUGGUAUGUCACCUUCAUGGAAUGAAGAGCAUGUUAGAGACCUUUUGAAAAGAUAUGGUAAAGUUGAAAAAGUUGAGCUUGCGCGGAAUAUGCCAUCAGCCAGGAGGAAAGAUUAUGGGUUUGUAACUUUUGAUACUCAUGAAGCUGCUGUGAGUUGUGCCAAAUUCAUCAACAACUCAGAGCUAGGAGAGGGAGAGGACAAGUCAAAAGUAAGAGCACGCUUAUCUAGACCACUUCAGAGAACAGGUAAAGCCAGGCAGUUCAAUCGCUCAGCCCACCGGUCUAGGCAUGGGAGUGGACGAUCUGAAAGGAGUUCAUUGGCUCGUCUACCACCUCGUAGCCUUGCUUCCUCUAGAAGUGCUAGAGGCGUUGGAUCUCGGGUCCCACCUUCUAGUGCGAAGAGAGCGACUGGAUCAAGAGGAAGACGCCAACGCCCACGCCCACCUCUACCACCUCCUGCAAGAGUCAGGCCCUUGCCACCACCUGCAAGAGUCAGGCCCUUGCCACCACCUGCUAGGUCAUAUGACAGAAGACCUCCAGUUCCUCCGUAUCCAAAGGCUAGCUUGAAGAGGGACUAUGGUCGGCGUGAUGAUCUUCCUCCUCCAAGAAGCAGACCAGCUGUGAGCUAUAGCUCUAGGCUUUCUCCUGAGAGGCAUCUGUCUUACAGAGAUGAUUACGCACCUCGUGGUUCUGGUUAUUCAGAUGUUCCUAGAAGCUCUUCUCGCUCAGAAAUGAGGAGGCCGUACGUGGAUGAUCUUUACAGUCCGAGAUUUGAAAGACCUCCAAAUUACAGUGAAGGAAGAUCUCGUGCUUAUGAACCUCUUCCUGUGUCACCUCGUGGUUCUGGUUAUUCAGAUGUUCCUAGAAGUUCUUCUCGCUCAGAAAUGAGGAGGCCGUACGUGGAUGAUCUUUACAGUCCGAGAUUUGAAAGACCUCCAAGUUACAGUGAAGGAGGAUCUCGUGCUUAUGAACCUCUUCCUGGGUCAAAGCGACCAUAUGCUGCAUUGGAUGACAUUCCUCCCCGAUAUGCUGAUGUCGAUGUUCGUCAUUCAAGAGCCCGUUUGGAGUUUGAUCUUGGCCCAUCUCAAUAUGGGGAAUCGUAUGGGGAUCGGAUUUCUAGACCAAGUCUAGGAUAUGGAAGCAGCCGAAAUGCUUUGUCAAGCCAUGACUCGCGUGGCUCAUACAGCAGUCGUCAGGGAAUGGACAGUCCCAGCUCAAACCCAUGGCUAGUGGGGCGACCGCCCUGGGCCUAAUCCCCACUUUUUAAUUUUUUUAAUUUUUUUUAAUGUUAAAGAAAGAACAAAAUUAUCGUUUUUAUAAAGAUGUUAUAUGAAUCUUAUUGAAAAUUGUUGCAAGUUUUCAACAAAAAGAUCAUCGCAACGGAUUUAUGACUAAUCU